AUGCCUUUCCCAAUGAAAAUUCAACCAAUCGAUUCUCAGGUGCCGUCCGAUGUGACGCGACUCGAGAUGGCCAAGCCGGUUGUGAAAUCGCGCCUGAAGCGGCUUAUCGAGCGCCAAUUCUCCGGUGUUCUGAGAAAUUCAGCGCCGGAGAAGAUCGCCGGGGGAGAGGAACCACAUAACGGCUCCAGUGAUUUUGAGCCGAGCUCUGCGUGUUUGGCGAAAAUGGUGCAGAGUUUCAUAGAGGAGAGUCAUGAGAAGCACACCGCAUCACACCGCAACCGCUGUAACUGCUUCAAUCGGAACUACGACGAUAGUUCUGACGAAGACUCAAACUCGCUCGGUGGUUUCGGUGACUCUAAUUACUCUUCCGGCGGCGAGGCAUGCGAAACUCUCAAGGGUUUGGUGGCAUGUGCGAACUUGGGGGAGAGAAAUUUGCUUGCGGACACUGCAAAGAUAGUUGAGAAGAAUAAGAUAUCCAAGCGGAAGGACACUUUCUGCAGAAAUAUAGUAACCGAAGGAUUGUUAAUCCUUGGAUACGAUGCGUCGAUUUGCAAAUCUCGUUGGGAAAAAUCUCCCUCUUAUCCAUCGGGGGAAUACGAAUACAUAGAUGUGAACAUGGAAAAAGAUAGAAUUCUAAUUGAUAUUGAUUUUAGGUCAGAAUUUGAAAUUGCUCGAUCCACCAAGGCGUAUAAGACUAUUCUCCAUAACCUUCCUUUCAUAUUUGUGGGCACGUGCGAUCGGUUGCAGAACAUCGUGACUAUCGUGUCGGAGGCUGCGAAGCAGAGUCUAAAAAAGAAGGGAAUGCACGUGCCGCCGUGGAGAAGAGCUGAAUAUGUGAAAGCGAAGUGGCUCUCCCCUUACACGCGAAUUACUUCCUUCAAAGAAGAGAAGGAAGAACAACAGUUUUUGAAACAAAAGUUAGUCACUUUUGAAACUGAAGAUUCAGGCGAAGAUAACACCGCGGUGAUCGAAUGGAAGCCACCGGAGCUGAAGCCCAAGGGCUCACCUUCUGGUGUCAAGGUAGUGACUGGUUUGACAGUGGUUUUUGAGGAUGAUAACCCAUAA